AUGCACUCUUUUUUGAAUUCUUUUGGGUAUGAUAAAUUGUUCACCGUUGAGCCAGAGGGGCUCAGUGGAGGACUAGCUCUGUUUUAUUAUGACUCUUUUGAUGUUACUGUCCUGUCCUCCUCAUCACGCAUGAUCGAUGUCGAAGCCACUAUUGAGGGGAAGAAGGUCUAUAUGACCUUUCUCUAUGGAGAUCCGGUUAAAGAAUGCCGUGAAAUUGUUUGGGAUCGUUUGAUCCACAUCAGUCUACAGAGGAAAGGAAAUUGGCUUAUGAUUGGAGACUUCAAUGAGAUCAUGGGCAACCAUGAGAAACGUGGUGGAAGAAGGAGAGCCGAAUCGUCCUUUCUUGAUUUCAGGAAGAUGAUAAAUAGCUGUGGCAUGAUUGAUUUCCCUUACAAAGGUAACCCUAUGUCUUGGGUGGGAUACCGUGCCUCAGGAAAGGUUCAAUGUAGACUUGACAGAGCUAUAGGUAAUGAAGAUUGGCAUCAAUCGUUUUCCCACACUAAUGUGGAGUAUUUAAAACUCUGGGGCUCAGACCAUCGACCAGUGCUAGCCAACAUCUUGUCUAAAGCUUCAGAGCCACGGCAUAAUUUUCGUUUCGAUAAACGCUGGUUGGGCAGAGAAGGAUUUGAAGAUACGGUCAAAGCCGGCUGGAAUAUGCAGCCAGACACAGAAAAUGGAGACGUAUAUCGCAAGACACAUACAUGUCGUCGCGCCAUAGCUGCGUGGAAGCGAACGUGCAAAACAAACUCAGCAAAGAAGAUAGAUGAGAUCAAAGAACAACUGGAACAUGCUCAAACAGAUCUCAGUAUCUCCAAUGACGUCUUCCUUAAUCUAAAAAAUAAUCUCUGCUUGGCAUAUCGUGAGGAAGAGCUUCACUGGAAACAGAAGAGCCGUGUUAAUUGGUUAAAAGAAGGAGAUCAUAACACUAAGUUCUUCCACGCCACUACAAAGCAAAGACGAGCACGUAAUCGUAUCACGAAAAUCAAACGCUCAGACGGGUCUUGGGCGGAAAAUGAGGAGAGCAUCAAACAUACGGCCACAGACUACUUCAGCUCCCUCUUUACCUCCUCAAAUCCGCAGAACUUUGAUGAUGCGCUCCGGUACGUUACCGCGAAAGUCACGCCUGCGAUGAACACCUCACUGACUAAACCCCCGUCGAAUGACGAAAUCAAAAAAGCCAUAGCUGAUAUGAAUCCAGACAAGGCGCCAGGACCUGAUGGCAUGACAAGCUUAUUCUAUCAACAAUUCUGGGAAGUGACGGCGAGAGAUAUCAUAUGUAUGGUACGAGGUUUCUUUGAAGGAAAUGGAUUGGAUGCUCGACUAAACCAAACGAAUAUCUGCCUAAUACCUAAGACGGAGAGACCUCGGGACAUGACAGAGUUCAGGCCUAUUAGCUUAUGCAACGUUAGCUACAAGAUUGUUUCAAAAAUCUUAUGCAACAGACUCAAGCGGUGUCUACCGAAGAUAAUCUCAGAAACCCAAUCAGCCUUUGUGGCCAAACGGCUCAUCACAGAUAAUAUCCUUAUUGCACAAGAGGCUUUUCAUGCUCUGAGAAAAAACUCCAUGUGUAAGACAAAAUAUGUUGCUAUCAAGACUGAUAUGAGCAAAGCAUAUGAUAGGGUGGAAUGGAGUUUCCUAAAAGCACUUAUGCUUAAGCUUGGCUUCGCAGAGACAUGGGUUUCAUGGAUACUCUCGUGCAUCACAUUAGUAUCUUACCAAGUCCUAAUUAAUGGUGAGGCAAAAGGUAACUUACUGCCAACACGGGGCCUACGCCAAGGUGAUCCUUUAUCACCAUUCCUAUUUAUCCUCCUUACUGAAGCUCUUGUUGCUCAGUUAAAAGGAGCAGAGGAAGAAGGCAAGAUUACUGGUAUGAGAAUCGCGAGAGCUUGUCCCACCAUAUCGCAUCUCCUUUUCGCUGAUGACAGUCUGUUCUUCUGCAAGGCAGAGGUAUUGCAGUGCACUGAACUGAUGAGAGUCAUCCAAUGUUAUGGUUUGGCGUCCGGACAGCAACUCAAUGUAAACAAAUCCUCCAUAUUCUUUGGAAGUAAGGUCCCUCAUGACGUACGCCACACUCUAAAAAAUGCCCUAGGGAUCCACAAGGAGGGAGGCAUGGGUUCUUACUUGGGCUUACCUGAGAAUAUAAGUGGAUCAAAGCAAAAAGUCUUUGUAUUUGUACGUGAUAGACUAAAUGCAAGAAUCAACUCAUGGUCCGCCAAAUUUUUAUCCAAAGGAGAAAAAGAGGUAUUACUAAAAUCGGUGGCGCAAGCCCUCCCCACUUAUGUUAUGUCCUGUUUUCUCCUACCAUUAGGAAUCAUCAAGAAACUACACAGUGCUAUCUCUAACUUCUGGUGGAGCAACAAACAAAACAGUAGAGGAAUCCACUGGAUUGCCUGGGACAAGAUAUGCCUCCCCCAUGAGAAAGGCGGACUUGGUUUCCGAGACCUUCAUCUCUUCAAUCUUGCACUACUUGCAAAGCAACUGUGGAGACUUAUCCACUAUCCGUCAUCCCUGUUGGCGAGAAUACUGAAAGGUAGAUAUUACAGAAACUCACCCCCCCUGGCUGUGGAAAAAUCAAAUGCUCCAUCCUAUGGGUGGAACAGCAUUUUGGCUGCAAAAGAUCUCUUAAAACACGGUCUACGUAGAACAAUUGGUACAGGGGAAAACACCUAUGUGUGGAAAGAUCCUUGGAUACCGACAACUCCUCCACGCCCUCCAGCUGACAGUGGAAUGAUGCAGGACCCGAUGCUGAGAGUUUCGACCCUUGUGGACCCGGUAACUAAGGAAUGGAAGCUAGAUAAGCUCAGUGAUCUGUUUACAGUGAACGAUAUUCAUGCAAUUCUCAGUCUCAAGCCGAGUGUCUCACAACGUCAAGAUAGCUAUUGUUGGGUGCCUACGAAAUCGGGUCUAUACUCUGUACGCACUGGCUAUAUCCUAGCUAUACACAACAAGGAACAACUAUCCAAACAAGUGAUGUCCCAGCCAAGUGUCGAUGCCUUAAAGAGUAAAGUAUGGACCCUGAAGACAACUGAGAAACUUAAACAUUUCAUCUGGCAAGCCCUAGCUGGUAUUACACCCGUAUGCAGCAAGCUAGCAGACUGCCACUGUGCUGUAAACCGAAACUGCCCCAGAUGUGGAGCAGAGGAGGAAACAAUUAACCACAUGAUCUUUGAAUGCCCCCCCCUCCCUCUUAACGUGGCAACUGGCCGAAAUUGCACCAACUCCGGGGAACUUCCCGUGUAA